AUGGAAGUGGUUGCCAAUUAAGUCAGAUAUAAGUCGUAAGAAAAACGAUUUGGAGAAGAAAUCUCGUCGAAGAGCCGUGGAAAGACUCAUCGAGAGAAACCGCUUGACUCAUCAAAAUAAAACGUUGAUCCAUGUUGUAAGACCAGUGCCGGUGGUGUUGCUUGUGUAUAUACAUACUCGUAUACGUAUAUCCAUAUAAAAGUGUCAUCGUGCCAUUCGCCGAGGAUAGUUGGACUCGAAGCUUCGAACGAACAUGAUCGAGAUAAUUAUACUGUUUCUUGGCGUUUACGGAACGAUCGCUGCUCCGUACGAGCCGCUCACGGAUCGUGAAUUCCGCACGCUAGGUAAUGACGCGGACGAUGACACCGAAGUCGUCGAAGCUCGUCUUCCCGGUUCGACGAAUUUAAAUGAGAAAGCGUUACCGAUAUCUCGUCUUUACGUUAUCGAAACCGAUAGCUUACCAGGCAAUCAAAAUUUAAAAGAAAGAACUCAGAUACGCGCGAUUCUACCUGGUACUCAAAAUCUUGCGGAAAAAAGUAUACCCGAUUACGUGCUUAAAAGGAUGGCCAAUCCGGAAAAUCGUCGUAUCUCCAGUCAUCCUGAUUUCGAAGAAAUUCCUAUUCAAUGAAAGGAAGUUAUUGAUUAAUUACACAAAAUUCAAGAUUUAUAGAUAUUUAAAUAUUCAUUAUUAUAAAUGCGACGUCGAUUGGGGGACAAGGCAUUCCAAGAAAUUUGAAAUAGACAGAGAGGAAAUAUUUAACAAAUGAUUUUACCCCUGUGUUGCCUGCAUCGUACGAUCAUUCGUAUUUUAUUAUAAUGUUUAAUGAAGUUAUGUUUUAUCUUUCCUAUGUAUCGUCAUUCCGAUCGAGUGUGAUCACGAAUAUAAGAGAAAUAAAAUAUAACGGGAAGGAAGGUGAGGAUGAAUGAAUAAAAAUCAAAACUAUAUAU